AUGCCGUCGAGGAAAGGCGAUCUCCCACCUCCUGAAGAUAUACCUAUGGAAGAGGCCCCUGCCGAGGAACACGUGGAGCAAGUCCUGGAGGAACAGUUGGGGGGGGGGGUUCGGGUACGACCACGCAGCAUGCCCCUGAGGAGCCUACUCCCGCUAAAGACUCCUUUGCACCUGCGCCGGCGGAAUACUAGGGCCAGAAAAGAACGGCUUGCUUUUGCAUCUCAAGCUACGGAACUAGAGCCGGAGCCAGCGCCAGAGCCAGAGCCAGAGCCCGUCCCGCCUCCAGUCGACCUCCCCUCCCUCACCUUCCCCUUACUCCGGCCGCGGGUCAACCAUCGCGAUGGCUGCGACCCCGGCGAGCAUUUUUAUGUCAAUCGAAACUAUUCUAACGUGUUCCUCUGCCACGCCUCUCUCUCGGCCUUGGCAGAUAUCCAAGAGAUCGAGACGCUGAAGGCGCUCUCGCACAAACUCCACAAAACCCUGUGCGUUUUCGAGAUCGACAAUGUGAAUGCGCGAGAUGUUAUGACCUUGUGA